AUGACGGUUGCAACUGCGGGGAGUCUUGGAAAGAAAGCGGCAAAGCUUCAAUUGGCCAGUGGUAUCUUGGAUAUAUUUAAACUCGAUCCUUUGAUUGGCGCUACGGUUGCAAGAGUGAAUAAGGUUGGGUCCUUAAUGUUUCAAUUUUAUCAUUAAUAUAGCACGUGACCCAAUAGAAAAUUGCUUGUGCCCAAUGUUUUACAGUCGAAAUACAAAAAGCGUCCCACUUCCGCUUCUUUAGUCUAUUGUGAUUUACUGUAAUUUCAUUUGCUCUGUUUUUCUAUAGCAGUUACCGAUUUAUGUGCAAAUACCGUGAUAAAAUUUAAAUUUCGCACCUUUUAUGCAAUGAAUCUAACGAAACAUGUAUCUUUUUGCAACAAAUUAUCAUGUCCUGGUAUUUGCCGAGAAAUCUGUAACCGCUACAGAACAAAUUAGAGUAAAACACAACAGAUCAUGUAAUAUGCAUGGCCCCGAGCGCCUAAACGUCUCUAGGUGGCUGAAAUUCCUCCUGGAGGUUUCCAACAAUAUGAAAUAAGUAAGCGUAAAAAAGAAAGCCUUCCUGUACUCUAAAUAAUUGACAAGCCGCCAUGUUGUCACAUGAGGGCGAAUUCUACUAACUAGUGCUUAAUACAACAUGAGCUCCACCUUUGAAUUUACUAUAUGAGUAAAUUCUUAAACACGUCCGAAUUUAUCAUGAUAAAUUCGUGGCACAUUUGAAUUUAUCAUAAUAAUAAAUUCUCGGCACCUAACACUAACCCUAACCACUAACCCCUAACCCUAACUUUUUAAACUUUUUAAACUUUUUUGAAAAUCUAACUUUUUAAACUUUAAAACUUUUUUAAAAACUAUUUUUUGAAAAUCUUGAAAAUCUUCCCACGCCCGUCAUUAAAUUUAUAACAAGAAGCCUUGUCUAAUGCUUGUGGUUUUAUGAUUAACUCUAUUGAUAUAAAUUCAAAAUGUGCCGUGAAUUUAUCAUAAUGAUAAAUUCGGACGUGUUUAAGAAUUUACUCAUAUAGAAAAUUCAAAGGUGGAGCUCAUGUUGGCUUAAUUUCUUUACAGUUCUUCAUCAAAACUGGUGUAGCAGUGAUGAAAAACGUUGAUAAAUAUCGACAGAAAGAAAUUGGACAAUAUAUCUCGUGUCUUGCAACAAUUGGUGAACAAGUUGACAUUUGUACUGACGUGGCCUACAGGCUGACACUUUGGUAUAGCGGUCAAAUACAGUGCUUGGCUGAACCCAGUAAGUUUUGGCACCUUCGCCGUCAUGUUUUACCUCAGUUUGAUUUUGCUUGUUUGUGUUGUUGAACUUGCCUUUCGUUUUCAUCAGGUGAUUCAUCAAAAACCUCGAUUUGUCUCCAUGCUCCCGCUCGAAGGAUGGCGCAACUUGCAGUGGGCAUUAUCUACAGUUCCUUAAUGGACAAACGGAUCGAGAAAGGUACUCUGUAUAAUAUACAAAACAAGUGUAACUCGAAAGAUCGAUAACAUUUUUUUUUGAUAAAUAAAAAAAAUGUUAUCGAUCUUUCGAGUUACACUCACUGUUUUGUAUUUUGUUAAAAUACUCCGUGUUUCUAAAAAAACUUUGGUGAAAUGUUGUAUUGUUUUAGACUUUAUCAUUAUCAAGCUUUGAAACCAAUGAAAUUCCAAAUUUUGCAUCACAUGAAUGUCCAAUCCGUAUAAAUAAAGAAUGAAAUGCUAAUUGUCACCAUCUCUCAGUGCAGCCUCCUACCCAGGGACUUUGCGCGGUUCACCUCGAUGAUCUCCUUUUAGCGGGAUUUUGUGGUCCUCUCCUCGGAAAUUUUGAAAUCUAGAACUUUAGAAACACUAUUUGCAGCAUCGGUGGAAAGAAAUAUGCAAUGGUGAAGAUCCAAAGUUAUCAACAGCUUUGCGCCAAGUGAUUUUAACAAUUUUCUAAACUUUGAUAUUAUGUUAAUCAAACUGAGCAUUAACCUUCCACAUAUACCAUGUAAACCGUGCUAUCAUUGUAAUCUUAAUACUCAAGAUAUCUUUACCAAUUUUCAGGAAAGGUUGCAGAAUUACCUACACUGGCCGAGCAGUUAGCAUGGUGUGUUGUAACUCAGAAACCCAAAGAUGGCACAAUUUCCAAACUCCAAGAGCGCGCUACCGAAACUAUUGCCGGAUGGAAAAAGAAAAUGGGCAAAGGUCCGACAGGCACUGGAUAUUUUGGGAGCAAAGUCCCUCCGAACUUUAUUGAGGUAUACAAAUGUUUUUUCAUGAAUUUUAAGGAAUUCACCUUAGCCAUUUUCCCUCAGGAAUCUUUCGCAGAGACGGAGCUUACUAACAGCCGAGCUAUUGAGCUAAUAUGAAUUAAAUACUGAAAUUCUGUUAACUUAUACAAGUUUAUAAUCACGCGACUCGUUUUUCCGUCUUUGUAAUUUAUAAUGGCUUCUUUUGAGGAUGUUAUAAAUUUACUUCGUUUGAACUAUAAAUUCGUUUUCCGAAAAAUGGAACGGUGUUUAAUUCGACCAACUGACAAAUUUAGGAAAACAGACAGAAAAUUUAAAUUCUUUUCCUUUUCCAACUCAAUGUUUUUACUUUUAUACAAGCCUGCUAUAAAAACGUUUCUUCAACUUAAAAAUGAUAUAAAACAAUGAAAUGUUUUGGCCGCCAUUUUGAAUCGGUUUAUCCUUUAGGUGGAGAUAGAUGAAAGCCUUCAGAAGGAUGGUAGAAAAACGUGGAUGUUACGAGAUAUAUUUCACAAAUGUGGUAUCAUCGACCGCGAUGGAAAUAUCUACGAAGGCCCGGACUGUGAUACUGAAGUAUACAAAUAUUGCUACGGAACCGAGACAGUGGCCACUGAACGUGGUUUGGAACGCAAGGAUGAGAAAAAGCCUGAACCGAAAGGUAUGGAGUAUUGAACGAGCGAGCGGUAAACCCAGCUAUCUGAGGGUCUGUUUUUAAAUAUAUGAGCUUGGUCGGCCAGACGCUAACCUACAAUCCUGGCAAAAAUAUAUUAUCGUGGACAACGCGUGCGUCAAACAAAACUAUGUGUAUUUCUACAGAAUUUAUCCCCCUAAAGAAAUUCUCCCCCUCCUACCCCCAAUUCAAUGUUGAUAAAUCAUCUAAACAUACUUUCAAAAUUUAAAUGCGGCGGACAAACAUUGAAUAGAGCCAGGGGGAAUUUAAUGAAAUAAGGUCUCAAUGUUAAUAUUGCUGCUAUUGGCGUUAGAACAGUUAGGUGUCCACAUAAUUUUUGCCAGGAUUUUAAGUACGAUGAAAUAUUUCUAUGCGAAUUUACAGAGGAUGUAGAGAGAGAUACUACCUAAAAAAUAUAUGCAGAAAUUCGGCACUAUUUUUAAGGCGGUACUCUUUCACGUUUUAUUCCUGAUCGGUGGAUUCAACAAGUAUAAAGAAAUUAAAUUUUUGGGUGCUAUUCAACAAGGCAGGAGGAGGACAAGACGGUGCUAUAAAAGUUUCCUUGUGUUUCACAAAUUGAACUUGUUCUUUAAUUCAUGAGCGUUUAUUACCGCGCUAUCAGAAUUAUGACACGUAGAGCUAGGCUGAUUUUCUGUUUUAUUCAUUAUUAUUGAGCUUCAUAUACAUCAAUGUUUAUUGCUUCAGGCGAGUUAUUUGUUGACGAAGACGUUAUAACAGUGUCUGCAGUCGGUGGAGCACCUGGUGGCUCAAGUGGCAGGGGACAGUUUCAUCUUGCCCCGGGGAAGAUUGAUGAACGGGUGCACAGCAUUCUGAAGCAGGAGAAUUUGGACCGUGUUGAAAUGGAGAAUUCUUGGAAAGAAGAUGUACGGGAAGUUCAAGAAGAAGCCAGUCGUAGAACUGAUAGCGUAAGUGUCAUUCUGAAUCUUUCGUUAGAGACCAAGACUGUAUAAGUUUGUGGGAAUCUAGGAAAAACUGAUAGUAAAAAUGACACAUGAAUAUAUUCAUUCCCGGCUAUAUAUUUAUUCCUAUAUGUAUUCGUUUCAUUUCGUUCUAUUAUGUUCCAUUCUACCCUGUUCUAUUUUAUCCUAUUCUACUCUAUUUUAUUCAAUUAUUGUAUUCCAUGUAUUUUAUUUUAUUCCAUUUUUUAUUAUAUUCCAUUUCCAUCCUACUCUAUUCCAUUCUAUUUUGUUACAUUCUAUUCUACUCGAUGCCAUUUUUGUCUAUUCUAUUCGUCUACUCUAUUCAAAUCUAUCUAUUCUAUUCUGUUCUUAUAUUAUGCCAUUGCAUUUUAUUUUAUUCUGCUCCAUUCCAAUCUAUUCCAUUGUAGUAAAUUCCAUCCUAAUUUUUUCUACACAAUUAUUUCUACUAUAUACUGUACUAUUUUACCGUAUUCUACUCCAUUCCAUUUUAUUCAACAUAUUUCUAUUCACACUCCAUUUUAUUCCAUUAAUCACUCUUGUGGUUUUUAGUUGACGUCCUCAUGAAGUAUUUUCGAAUUCAAUCAUGCAUUUAAUCCUUUAUUUAGCUCGAAGAAAGACAAAGCUUGCUCGAAGUUGAACUGCGUGACAAGGUGUUGAAGAUUGAAGAGGUUGCCGAAGAAAAAACAAAACUUUAUGAAGAUACGUUUGCCAAAUACCAAAGCCAGCUUCUUGGAAAGUAUAAUGAAUUAAAAGCAAAAAUGGAGGGCCACUUUAAUUCGGUGUUCAAGAAAAUGCAAGCGGACACAAGAAAGGAAUUUGAAAACAUGCAACAAAAAUUUGCAAAGAAAGAACAAGAACUCGAUGCCGCAUUCCAAACAUGUAAGAUAUGAAAAUGAUGUAUAGUAUAGACCUAUGGAUGGAUCUACUGAGUAAUUGGUGCAGGGGGUGCGCACCCGUCCUAGCAUUAGCAAAGGAGGGUUCCAAUGUCCUGAUUAAAUCCAUAUUUUGGUAAAAAGUCCACGUUUUAGAGGUUGCACGUUGGACUUGAUGUACAUCAAAUUGUCUGGUACUUUGAUAAUUCAUAAAUUUGCACUCUCUGAAGUGAAAUUGCGUUUUAAGUCUUCCAUUUUUGUGCGCAAGUAUUUUUUAAACAACCCUAUUGUUAUGGUUGCAUUGAGCGGACAUACAUAAUUAUGUACAGUAUAUGUUAUUAGAUAUGAAUUUAAUCAAUUUCGGUUGUACUCAUUUAUGUGAUAUUACGAACUUUAGCUCAAGCAAAACUAGACAAACAUUACGCAGAAACGGAGCGACGUUUGGAAGCUGAGACUAAGAAAAACACAGCGGAGCUUCAAGAAAAAUCCAAACGGUUCUGUGAAACUCUUCGCAAAGAAACCGUAUCGAAUUUCCAGUUCGCGAAAGAACAACUCGACCAGUUCGCCGAUGACAAAAUUAAGCAAAUAAUAAAAAUUGAGGAGGCAGCGGUGUCGAAGUUUGAAGCGCAGUCGUUGCAGUACAAGAAGGACUCGGAUGAUAAAACCGACAUGGCGCAAAAGGAAUUGAUCAAUAUCAUGGAAAGUCGAACUGCAAGACAUCACAAUGAAAUGAAAGGAGAAUGUGCAAGCAAUCUCAAAAAGAUGGAGGAAGUGGCAGCCAAACUUGAACAAAGGAUACAAACAUUGGAACAAGCGGUAAGACAAUGAUGAUGGUGAUGAUAAUGAUGAUGAUCCAUGGUGAUGGUGAUGGUGAUGAUGAUUAUUAUAGUGAUGAUAAUGGUGGUAGUGAUGAUGAUGAUCAUGGUGAUGAUGGUGAUGGUAGUGAUGAUGAUGAUCAUGGUGAUGAUGAUUAUUAUGGUGAUGAUGAUGGUGAUAACAAUUAGAUUCAUAAUCUUUUCUUUAGCCUGCAGCAUCUCCUAAGCCGGAAGCGGGUUCAAAGUGGUUUUCAGGUAAAGUUAGGGAAAAAAUUAAGAAUUCAGUUUUCAUGUUUAUUUUAUCACACUUCCUACCAUAGUCUGGUUAUAUUUGACAUGCAGGACGUCCCUGUAGGGAUAACCAGACUAUCAUUUUAUUAGGUAGAUACGUAACGAGAGCUUCUGGUUAUUGAUCAACUUAGCAUAGUCUGGUUAGUUUAACGUACCAGGAAGUCUUGGUCAAAUAUAUUAACUAGACUACAGUGGGGAACCAGGAAAUCUAACCACAAAUAUUAAGUUACCCACGUCGAAUUUUUUCUAUGUUAACCAGGAAAAUUUUGACCACAGUGUUUAUGGUACACAUGUUAAAUAAUUGCAAUAUAUUUUUUUUAUUUUCUCAUUUGAAAGAACUUUUAAGACUAUGUAUAACACUCUUUUACUGCUUUUUCGUACGUUGCUUACUUCUACAAAUAUUUUGAAUGAAAGGAAUGAAAUAUCCGACAUCUUUAAUUUUUGUAGAUAUGCAAGUCACGUCACAACAGGGUACGUCGCGCAAUAUUUUUAUCUAGACAACCACUAAUCAUUUUGCACUCAAAACUAUACUCUGUAUGCCCUUCGAAAUAUCAAGAUUUCUCAAAACCUUUAAAACAUCUACCAAUCAAUAUUUGGUUAACAACGAAUAUUUUUAAAUGGUUAAUCCCUGUUGUGACGUCACCAAAACUACCGUCAAUGGGCAUCAACUAUUUCGCUGACCUCAGAAUGAUAUUUCGUCAAAACUUUUUUAUUCAAGAUUGGUUUAGAAACAAAUUUGGCAUAGAGUUAGGUUAGGGUUAGGGUAAGGAUUAGGGUUAGAGUUGGUGUUUGGAGUAGGGUUAGUGUUAGUAAAACCGUUUCUUUGUUACGUUUUGUCACUUUGAGGCCAGCGAAAUAAUCUCUCCGAUCCCCGUCAAUGAGAUCAAACAUUUAUCCAAGAUGGCGGACAUCUCAUUAGUUCAAGUGGAAAUAUUUUAAGAACUAAUCAAGAUAUGAAAAGUCGGUAAAAGAAGUUAAUAGAUAGUUUCAAAAGUUCUUUCAAAUAAGAAAAUAAAACUUUUAUUGCCAUUUUCCUUUAAUUUAAUUAAAGUUUUUUUUGUUUUUUUAGGCAAUACCAAAUAA